CCCCUGGUCUGGUGUCAAACCUCACAGCGUUUGCUGAGGAUCACACUUCAGUGUUAGUGACAUGGUUUCUCCCCGUACGCAUUAAUGGUCUCAUCACUAAGUUUGCAGUAAAAGUCAAACAUGCUCGAACGGGCCAGACCGUCCGUACGCUGGAGCUCAACGCAGAGGACAUCAUGAACGGAGCCCUGCCUCACUGCAACGAUGCAGCAGACAUCUUAUCUCGUGGAACUCCAAGCCCGUCUGAAUCUUCCCAGUUGACCUCUGCUGUGUUGCCCACUGUUACGCUCUCAGCCGUACCUCCCGCCUUCAUCUGGAGUGUUGCAAUUAGUGUGAAGAUUGAUGAGCUCCGCCCCUACACUCCCUACGUGUUUGAAGUCUCCGCCUUCACCAGUGAUGGGGAGGGACAGAUUGCCAGCACUAUGGUCCGCAUGCCAGAGGCUGCCCCUGAAGACCCACCACAAAGCGUAGUUUUCAGAAACAUCACUUCUAAAUCUCUGUCUCUAUCUUGGGACCCUCCAAAGAUCACCACAGGACGGUUCAGUUACGUCAUCCAGCUCCACAGCUCUGAAGGGUUUAUUAGUGAGAACAGCACAAUCGAACAGGCGUUUAUGUACACUGGACUGACUCCAUACACACAAUACUACAUCCAUGUGAUGGCCAAAUCAGCAGGGGCCACAGGACCGGCAGCA